AUGACACCCGCGCGUAGGGCCGAGGCUCGGCCUCCCCCUCUCGCCUGCGCGUGCGCGGGGGCGGUGCCGGUUGUCACGGGAGCCCGGGGGCGGGGCUGCCCCGUGCGCACACCGGGCCCCGCGCGCACGGGCGGGCGCAGCGCGGAGCCGGCGCGGCCCCGAUGCCGAGCACCGCCGGUCGGCCCCGCCAUGGGCGGCUGCGUGGGGCGGCAGCGCCGGGAGCGGCCCGCCGCCGGCGGCAACACCCGCAAGCGAGCAGGCCGCAAUGAGCCCCUGAAGAAGGAGUGUCCCAAGUGGAAGAGUGACUACCCCAUGACAGACGGGCAGCUGCGCAGCAAGCGGGACGAGUUUUGGGACACGGCACCAGCCUUUGAAGGCCGCAAGGAGAUCUGGGAUGCCCUGAAGGCAGCUGCCUAUGCUGUAGAAGCCAAUGACCACAGCCUGGCCCAGGCCAUCCUCGAUGGAGCCAGCAUCACCCUGCCCCAUGGGUCCCUGACAGAGUGCUAUGAUGAGCUGGGCAACCGGUACCAGCUGCCUGUGUACUGCCUGGCACCCCCCGUCAACCUGAUCCUGGAGCGGAGUGAGGAGGAGGCGGUGGAGCCGGCUGAGCCUCCACCCAACGCCCGGCGGGAGUUCACCCUCAAGGUGCGCCUCUCCACCGGGAAGGACCUGCGGCUCAGCGCCAGCAUGAGCGACACCAUCGGGCAGCUGAAGAAGCAGCUGCAGGCGCAGGAGGGCAUUGACCUGGCCUGGCAGCGGUGGUUCUUCUCAGGCAAGCUGCUCACCGACCGCACACGACUGCAGGAGACCAAGAUCCAGAAGGAUUUUGUUGUGCAAGUGAUUGUCAACCAGCCCCUUCCACCCAGGAACUGAGCCACCCCCUACUGGGUGAGGGGAGAAGGCAGGGGGCUGGGGGACAGUGGCACCUCUGGGAAUUCCCUGUGCUGUGUUCUGGCCCACAGCUGCUCCUGCUCCCCCCUGAGGCUGCUACACAGGUGACUGUGGCAUUGU